AUCUGGAGCAAUUUGACUGUGUCUGUGUUACCUUCUAAUUGUUUUAAUAUCACCACAGUAUUAACCAUUAAUGCCACUUGUGCAGGUGUGUAAAGUGGCAGUCCAACAUAUUGUUAGGCACAAUAUCACCAUUGAUUCUUUGGCGUGAGGCCAGACCACAGUAACACGCCGUCGCUCUCUCUCAACUCGUGAACUAUUACUCCAAGGCUGGAUCGGCAUCCUUGAAUCCUCCUCUCCAGCUGUCCUGCCUGGGCGGGGUGAGCGCAUGUGCCGCUCCUAUGGCAACUCGAUAGAUUAGCUCCGUCAAUAUUCCCGUUAUUAAGAAGCGGGAAGGCUUGUGGAUGAGUGAUGUCAGUGCCCCCCCUGAACGCCAGAGCCAGCUGCGUGCAUGUGUGCAUGCACCUUGCACUGAGGGGAGAGCUCAGAUAUUUCAGGGAGGUGGAGAUGAUGCUUUGUCAUUGAGGAGCUCAGCAGCAGCAGCAGCAGCAUCCUCCCACUCCGGCACGUCCGAAGCUCAGCAUGCUGCAUCCUGAUGCGCUCCCGUCUGCACUCAGCGAGCUCACCUGGAUUUACAUGCGUUUCUCGUUUGCCGCUUUUACAUGACUGUGUGAUUGGAGCGGUCACGUACUGUUGACGCACCUCAAUGUUUGAACCGGAGGAGAGCGACACGUCCCAAGUGUCAGAGAAGAUACGACCUGUCCUGCGGAUGCGCCGUCACUGUUUUCCCUCCAGUGGCACCCCGAGUGUGUGAGAUUCAUGAUUCAUCCCUCCGGUUCCACGGGCUGUCCUUAGAGCGCACCUCUUUCUCUCCUUCUUCUCCUUCUUCUUCUUCUUUUUAUUCUUCUUGUGCAAAAUGGAAAGAUUCCAGUCUUCCAUGCGCAAACGGCUGUACAGCCUGCCGCAAAACAUUGGGCAAAAACCCUUUGUGAUUGACGAAGGAGACAGCGGCGACAAGGACACCAAGAGGAAAAGUAUUCGGCUAAAACAUUUGUCCUCUCUGUCUCCUGCAAGCAGUUGCAGGAGCAUCGAGGAGGCCAGGAGCGAACACUUGGACAGGGACGUUGCCGCGAAGACCAACUUGAACGGGGACUGUCGCUUUUUUAGGGGCAGCAUCUCGUCCAUCACCGGGCGCCAUCCUCCCGGGUCAGACGCAGCGGAGCAGCGGCGCCUCAUCCCCGAAGCCGACGCCGCUGUCACCGAGAGUUUCCCCGGUGAGCACGGCCCCGGGGCCCAGGAGCGGGAAACGAGUGAGCUGCUCGGCGCAGUCGGGGAACCGUCGGUGUUCGACCAGUCAAGUUUCAUCAAGUUAGAGGGCAGCGAGCAGAUAUUACCAGAAGAUGACCGGCUGUACCAAGCCGGCUUCAUGCACCGGCAGUUUGGCGCGAUGCUCCAGCCGGGAGUCAACAAGUUCUCCCUGCGGAUGUUGGGGAGUGAGAGGGCCGUGGAGCAUGAGAGGGAACGGGUAAAGUCUGCAGGCUUCUGGAUAAUCCAUCCCUACAGUGAUUUUAGGUUCUACUGGGAUCUGACCAUGCUGCUGCUGAUGGUGGGGAACCUCAUCAUCAUCCCGGUGGGCAUCACCUUCUUCAAGGACGAGCACACGCCGCCCUGGAUCGUCUUCAACGUGGUGUCGGACACCUUCUUCCUCAUGGACCUGGUCUUGAACUUCCGCACGGGCAUCGUCAAGGAGGACAACACAGAGAUCAUCCUGGACCCGCAGCAGAUCAAGAUCAAGUACCUGAAGAGCUGGUUCGUGGUGGACUUCAUCUCCUCCAUACCAGUGGACUACAUCUUCCUCAUCGUAGAGACACGCAUCGACUCUGACUUUUACAAGACGGCCCGGGCCUUGAGGAUCGUCCGCUUCACUAAGAUCCUCAGUCUGCUGCGGCUGCUGCGCCUCUCCAGACUCAUUCGUUACAUCCAUCAGUGGGAAGAGGUUUUCCACAUGACGUAUGACCUGGCCAGUGCUAUGGUGCGUAUCAUGAACCUGAUUGGCAUGAUGCUGCUGCUGUGUCACUGGGACGGCUGUCUCCAGUUCCUGGUCCCCAUGCUGCAAGACUUUCCUCCAGACUGCUGGGUCACCAGAAACAAGAUGGUGAAUGACACUUGGGGUCAGCAGUACUCCUAUGCCCUCUUCAAGGCCAUGAGCCACAUGCUGUGUAUCGGGUACGGCCUGUACCCCCCCAUCGGCAUGGCUGACGUGUGGCUCACCAUCCUCAGCAUGAUUGUGGGCGCCACCUGUUUUGCCAUGUUUGUGGGGCAUGCGACUGCACUCAUUCAGUCUCUGGACUCCUCCAGGAGGCAGUACCAAGAAAAGUACAAACAAGUGGAGCAGUACAUGUCCUUCCACAAGCUCCCCGCCGACAUGCGCCAGAGGAUCCACGACUACUACGAACACCGCUAUCAGGGAAAGAUGUUUGACGAGGAAAGCAUUUUGGAGGAGCUGAAUGAACCACUGCGAGAGGAGAUCAUCAACUUCAACUGUCGCAAACUAGUGGCCUCCAUGCCCCUGUUUGCCAACGCUGAUCCCAACUUUGUGACCUCCAUGCUGACCAAGCUGCGCUUCGAGGUCUUCCAGCCGGGCGACUACAUCAUCAGAGAGGGAACCAUCGGCAAGAAGAUGUAUUUCAUCCAGCACGGCGUCGUCAGCGUCCUGACCAAGAGCAGCCAGGACACCAAGCUGUCUGACGGCUCCUACUUCGGAGAGAUCUGCCUGCUGACCCGCGGCAGGAGGACGGCCAGCGUGCGAGCAGAUAACUACUGUCGACUGUACUCGCUGUCAGUGGACAACUUCAACGAAGUGCUGGAGGAGUAUCCCAUGAUGAGGAGGGCGUUUGAGACCGUGGCUCUUGAUCGCCUGGACCGCAUCGGGAAGAGGAACUCCGUCCUUCAGCAUAAAGUUCAGCAUCAUCAAAGUUCUGGCACACUAAACUUUCAGGAGACUGAGAUCAUCCAAAGAAUAGUGCAGCAUGACCGUGACAUGGCCCAGUGCACUCAGCUGAUCCAAACCAGCACACCUCCCCCUGCACCUCCGUCGCCUACUCCAGUCAUCUGGGCCCCGCUGGUUCAGGCCCCGCUCCAGGCUGCCGCUGCUACCACCCCGCUGGCUCUGGCUCUGGCCCACCACUCCCAGCUACCUCCCAUUCUCUUCCACCACCCUCUGGCAGCCGGCGCGAGCUCCAUGAAGGACUACAUCAGCCAUCCAAAGAGGGUACAUGUCGGAGCGAACACCUCCAACAGCUGUGGCUCAGGGCCCGGCUCUCCUGCCAGCUCGACCAAAUUCAGAUGUGGGAUGGAGACUCCCACGCUGAUGUCCAAGCCUGUCUUCACCAGCAGCCUGCAGCCCUUGACCUCUCUGGCUCAUCCUCCCCACUCUAGCAUGGCCUCAGUCUUCCCCAUCAGUCCGGCCACCGUCUCCUACACCUGCUCCGCUCAGCUCCACUCCCAGCCCUUCCAUGGUGCUAUGACCACCCCACCUCACCCGAUAGGUUUACUCCAGCAGGGGGCGCCGGGGAGGCUAGCGGGGAGAUUCCCACAUGCCUCUGCCUCCACCAUAAGCCCCCUGAUCUCCAGCUCAGUGAGUCCCAUACUAAGCCAGCUGCAGCAAGCCUCUCACGCCACCAUGCAGCAGAUGGGUUCCAGUUAUGACAGGGUAGGCAGGACGUCCGGCGGUCUGAACCUUCCUCAUUUCCCCUUCAGCGCCCCAUCCUCCGCUGGAUUUAUUCAGCCUGUGUCUGCACUCGGAGCUGGGGCUGCAUCCUCUUUGGCCCAGCACAGCCUGGCGGGACUGCAGUCGGUUUUCCUGCCCCAGGUUCUCCCCGAGCACUCGGCCCUCGCCUCCCUGGCACAGUACGGCUCUGGUGAGGCGUCGCCUUCCUACACCCCUCCUGUCCACAGUCCUAAUAAACAGAGCCCUGCGAGGGGGAGGACAGUUUACCACAGUGAGCCCCCCAGCACCACAGGUUCUCGUAGCCCUGUAACUCUCCAAACAUCGGGCCCCGCCAGGGUGGCCUCGGUGGAUCUUUUUACCCAGGAAAUAAAGACUAUCUCAGGCUCUCAUAGCUCUGUACACCAGGAAAGGCCUUUGGCCAUGAGUGGAUCCUCCCAGGGGGUACCGGGGGCCCCAAGCUCCUUCUACUCGCCCGUGGCUGUCAGUAAACCCUACGGUCCUGUCCCUGGUCAAGCCACUCCUGUUAGUCGGACACAUUCAGGGCCUGAACCUCAGAACCAGCCCGCUGGUGACUCUCCGCGCUUUAGAUCCCCCGCUAAAACGUUGAAGAACGAACACAAACAGUCCAAACUUCCCUCCAACUUGUGAGGUUCAGACACACCCUCCUUUAAUGCCUGAGUGAAACGGAGGUCCUCUCCUUCUUGGCAUUGUUUUAGCCACUGCUACUCUUAUUUUACACUAGGAGGGUGUGUUAUUCUAAUCAGAUUGGAUACCAGUGGUUUAAUUUUUAAUCGGAAUGAAUGGAUCAUGGAUGAUAAUGGACAGAAUCUUUUUCUACAGGAUAUUGUAUCUUUGAAUAUGGUAAUAAAAUCAAAAAAAUACUGAUAGGUAUAUAUAACACUCAUGAAAAUAACAGUUAUUCUAUGUAUUAUAGUCUAACCCCACUCUGUGAUUUGUUCUAUUUGUUUAAAACCCCAUUGUCCAGGCAAUUUUGUGUAUUCAGCUACGCCUUCUUAGUUGAAACAUUUUCCACCACUGUAUUGAGUUAAGAUUGAAACCAAAAAUCGCUGUCCUCUGUUUAUAUCCUUUCCCACUGCUGAAUGCAGGGUCCCCCCUCGGAUGGACUGUGCACUUUGCUCGUUUCAGAGAUCUCCUGACAUAAAGGUUCAAUGAUGGCAUGUCUUCCAAGAUAGCUUUUCAGCAAUAUUGCACACCCAAGUGGGUCACACAAACCAGAUCAUGUUAAAAACUGGGUAAUGAAUGUAAUGUUUGUCUGUCUGAGUGUCGGAGGUUGAAGGUGAUGGUGGUUUUCUGCAGAACAACCACUCGACUGUCGCCAGCUCAUGUCGGUCUGACAGUAACUUCGGUGUGAAGCGUCCAACUGAGCCAGGGUUCGCGUGCCGUCGGCAUAGUAUGCAAUAAUUUGUGUUUUUAUAUGGGUAUACAAAGGUACUGUGAAUCGAAGCACUUGUGUCACUGAGUGAGAUUCUGAUUUUAAUUAGAACUCAUUAAAACGAGGGAAUUGAAUUUCGUAAAGCAAUUGUGGAUAAUCAAACAUCCUGAAACCAGCGAUGCACUGAGAUUGAUCUGAAUGUUUCUCGCACCAGUCAAAGGGCUAAAAGCAGUGACUCGGACACAUGAGUAACAAGACACCCUGAUGGGUCAUAUUGCUGCAUAUUUACCUCUUCCAUUGUACAAUAUUUGAUUGUAAAAUUUGACAUCUGUUCUUGAACAACUGCUGCUUUGUGAUGCUAUGCUGAAUCAAUAAGACGUGUAUCACUGACUGCUUUUUGAAGCCAGACUCUUUAAAUCCUUCUACUUAUUAACAUAGUUCAUGUGUUUCAAUGGCACGUCUCACUUUCUGGACCUGCAGCCGCCGGCAAACUGUGAGCAGGUAGGCGGUCAGCAGGUCAAACCAUCGGAGGAUCCCGUCCAGUGGCUUCAGCUGCCUGGUUGCUAAACCCAAGGUUUGCUGUGACUCUGAACCCCCCCACCCACCCACCCCCAGAGAAGAGAGAUACCAUCGGUCAGUAGACAGUUACUGCCAAUGGGCUCGAUCAAUCUUUCAUUACUAUUCUCCUCCACCUGCCAGCAGCAUCUGCUGAGACUCUUUGAGGCUAUUUCUAGUGCAUUCAACUUAAGGAGACAAGGUGUCACUCAUUCAUUCAUUUAUUUAUAUUUAUUUCUUAUUUUUGCUGCCUUUAACCACCAAAUCUGACAAUUUCAUCACCUGUAUGUUAGGCACAUUUUAUUUUAGCUACUGAAUUCAAUGCAAUAAAAUAACUUGAUCAAUGA